AGUAUUUUUUGAACUUCCAGCAGUAGCACAUACUAAUUUCUAAAAUAAAAUGUUCGACAUUGAAAUUCCAGAAGAUGAAAUCAUCAAAAAAAUUGAGACACCUUUAAUGCAUGAUUUUGUAAAAAUCUCAUCAAAAGAUGAUCCAAAUAAAUUUUGUAUAUUGCCUCAACAUUUUGUUGAUAACUACCUUGAACGAGUUAAGAAUAUGGAAGUGUUCGAUGAUGAUAUUUGGGUUGUUACAUUCCCAAAAUGUGGUACGACUUGGUCACAGGAAAUGUCAUGGAUGAUUGGAAAUAAUCUUGAUUAUAAAAAGUCAACGGAAGUUUUACUGGAUGAGCGAUUUCCAUUUUUAGAAGCUGGAGGCCUUGCAGAUAAAAUUCCAAUGGAUACAUUUGAAAUAUGCGAAAACAUGCCUCGUCCACGUUACAUCAAGUCGCAUUUGCCAUUGUUUCUAUUGCCUGAUCAGCUAUGGACUGUAAAACCUAAGAUAAUAUACGUUGCACGAAAUCCUAAAGACACAGCUGUGUCAUGGUACUAUCAUCAUCAUAACUUGCAUGGAUAUCAAGGAACAAAAGCUGAUUUUAUGGAAGCAUUCGUAAAAGAUUUAGUCCUCUAUUCACCAAUGAAUCAGCAUGUGAUUGACUUUUGGAAUAUUCGUUAUGAGCAGAACGUUCUAUUUUUGUUCUUCGAGGAAAUGAAAAGAAAUUUGAGUCAGGAAGUCAAGAAGGUCAUGAAAUUCAUGGAAAAGGAUUAUACUCAGGAGGAAAUUGACAUUCUCUGCGUUCAUUUGUCAUUUGAUUCAAUAAAAAAUAACAAAAUGGUUAACAAGGAAGUUGAUAUAAAGAAUUGGAUGCAAAUGACUGGAAGGGAAUACAAUCCAGAGGAUUUCACAUUUAUUAGGAAAGGGAAGGUUGGAGGGUACAAGAAGGAACUGACUGAAGAAGAGAAUGACAUGUUUGAUGAAUAUAUUAAAAAAGCUGAAUUCGAAAUUGAGUAUCAGUUUUAA